GUCAAACGCGUUGGAUCGGAGCUCGCGCUGGCUCCUGUUGCCACAGCAACCACUGAGGAGAAAUCCGUGCAGCUUCUGAUGCUGGAGCAUUACCGCAAUGAGGGGGAUGUAGCUGUUGUGGUCGGACAGAUGGGACCUCGAGAUUGACUGUGACUCACCACAAAGCGACGAGAAAAGGAAAAUGUGUCGGUAAUAGACAAUUAUUAGGGUCGGAUACUGUUUUCUGAGGCGCAAUCAAGACCUGAGGUUUUUGCAGAAGGAACAAAGAGCUUCAAGAACUCAGAGGACAAUAUAAGCAUUCAUAGUUGAAAGUCAUGAUCAAGUGUAGCCAUUACUAGAAGAAGAACAUAUCUGACAGUAUUCAGGAUGAUUCUGCUGACUUUAUCUGAAUCUGUGAUUCUUCCACCUCAUUCCUGAAUCAGUUAUGGAUAACGAGGCAAAAACACACUCCGUGUCCAGACUCUGAUUUCAAAGGAACUGGCAGACGCUUGACAGCCGUGCUAUGGAAUAUUUUUGGACCUCUCUGGUGUCAACUGACUUGAUUUCUUUGUCUUUUCGGUUUUGUCUUUUUCAUGCUGGAAAAACCCAAGUAAGUUCUGGAACUGAGCUUGGAAAGUGAAUGGAGAUCAAUGCAAGCAAUGAAUUUGCAUAUUGUUGCAUUUGAGCUUUUUCUGCUUGUCAUAAAUACAUUAUGGUGUCAUGUCAUGGACAUAUAUUAAGCUUUCUGUCAGGACUAAGUUUUGAUUCUGUGGACUUCUAAUCAGCAUUUUGUGCUGCAAGCUCUUGAAAAGAUGAAUUUAAGCAAUCGUUGUUGGUGAAAAACAAACACAAAGCAGAAAAACAAGGGCUAACAAGGACGGUGUUGAGGUACUGCUCCUAUAGAAUACUUAAAUUUGCUUAAUUUGAACAUUUGCACCAGCUUCCUGGCUCUUCCAGUCCUCUCGGCUGUUACUGCACUCCAUCUCUCAGGAUGAGCCAGAAGUCUGACUCGGAGACUGAGGGCUCCCAGGCACCAGUGAUUUAUACGGUGGAGGAACUGGAGUGCAAGAUCUGCUACAAUCGCUUUGACACCCGGUCCCGCAAGCCAAAAGUGUUGAGCUGUUUGCAUCGUGUCUGUGCCAAAUGCCUCAAGAAGAUGGUGGAGCUGGAUUCGUCUCCGAGCAUCAUCAGCUGCCCCUUCUGUCGCCAUGAGACUCACGUCCCUGACGAGGAGAUCUGGUUGCUUCAAGAUGACAGCAACAUCCUGGCUAUUCUGACUUACCAGGACCAGGCACGUAAGAGUGGUACCACACCCAGUGGCGAGGUGCUUUUGACGCCCAGCAGCUUGAGUGGAGGCGAGCAGGCCCACAGUUCAUCCGACUGCCUCGUCAUCACAAUCAUGGAAGUCCCUGGAGAGUCGCAGUCCUCUGACUCUAUGAGCAUGUUGAACAUGGUGCGCUUGUAUCGGCCGGCCAGCCUUGACUCCUUGCCUUGCCACCUGCCCGUGCAGAAGUGCCGGGCAUGGACGUCUCAUUCGGUUCCUCGCUUUUUGUUGGGUUUCCUCUGCCUGGUCUACUUCAGCUCGCUGCCACUGGGGAUCUACUUACUGAUGAUCCAGCAGCUCACGAUGGGAGUGAUCUUGGUCAGCCUGGUGCCCUCCACCCUGGUCCUUUGCGUGUUCUACGGCUUCUGCCAAUGUCUGUGCCAUGAGAUCAUGGAGGCCAUCGCCACAUAACACCCCAUUGGUUGGUCUUUGGACUGAUCUUUGGACUAGCCAGACCUGUAAAAGAACAAAAGCCAAAUGACUGAUGCAUAUCCGCUAAUCCCAGACACCCAAUUUUUCCAUUGCACCAGAUUAUACCAGCAUCUACUCCUUGUAACCCACCUCACAUUGUAUGCAGGGCCAACUAUAAUUUACUUUAGCAGCUAAGGCUUGAUUACCAAUGCAAGCUGAAAGCAAUGAUUUUGGACUGCAUCAGAUCGCUGUGUUUUUGUAUCGUGUCUAGCUCACCCAAUGGGUCUUCAACAACUGUGAUAUAAAUAACAUGCAAAAGAGGAUGAAUCUCUGUCCACACUUUAAAACAGAAACCACAGGAUGUGUUCAACAAUACUAGAUGAAUUUGUUCGCUUUUCAUUAUCUUAUAAAUAUCUGUGGUAUAAUUUCAAUCAUUGUCUCAAUGUUCUCGUUGAAGUUCCUAGUUGCCUUUGUAAGGCAUAUCAAUGGCCAAGCUGUAAUGUAUAUGUUAAAUAAGUGAAUAUGUGUUUGUCAUUGCUAUGAGAAUGAACAAAUACUUUAAAGCCACCUGUUAGAUAAUCAAUAAAGAUUCUUCCAUAUCUAACAGA